AACACUGGUGGGAAACCAGCCGUGACACACAAACAAGUCAUUUCUGUUUUCAUGUGUGAAGAAAUCUGCAGCACACCGAUUGGUUCUUUAAGAUAAAAACAUUAGUUUUACACCACAAAACAAUGAUUUUAAUUCCAUUUAUGCUGCUUGUUAAGUCAUUUUGAAGAAACCAUAUUCCCAGUGCAAGCUGAGUCCCUUAUUGUAACAUUCAAACACUGCACGGUUUACAGGUUUCCUUUUAGUUUUGAACAGGUACUAAUCCUGCUGUUUUAUAGGACACACAGGGGGGGCAUGAAGUCCUCCUCGGGCCCUUAAAUCUCUGGGGCCGGUCCUGCAGUCUGUCUCUUGCCCUCUGCAGUAGUUUCGUCUUGAGAUGACAUGCCAGUCCUCGGUCGGGCACGCGCCUCCUCGGGCACCAGCAGAACAUAAAGUGAGCUGCGCGCGCACGGGGUUCAGCAGUGAACCGGUGACCAGCGGCGGUGAGAGCAGCUCCGGUACGUUCAGAGCGCCCGGUGAGGGCAGAAGAGAAAACACACCGCGGGGUUAACAUGAGCUGCGGGAGCUCUGCGCACCUGACCGCGCUGGAAGUUUCUUUUCUCCGGGAGCGCAGGAGGUGAUGCGCCCUGCGGGACUCGGGUUGAGUCUGUUACCGGAGAGGAUGGCGGAGCUGUGGUACCACAACUCCACGUCCUCCUGGAACCGGUCCGCUGGUGGACACGACCGGUUCAGCAGCCUGGAUGACAUCGACGUGCCGGCGGACGGCUCCCCGACCCUGCGCAUCCUCAUCUCCAUCGUGUACUCGGUAGUGUGCGCCGCCGGGCUGAUCGGGAACCUGCUGGUGUUCUUCCUGAUGAAGGUGCGCCGGGGCAGGAGGAAACGCUCCAGCAUCAACCUGUUCAUCCUCAACCUGGCCGUGACGGACUUCCAGUUCGUGCUGACCCUGCCGUUCUGGGCGGUGGACACGGCUCUGGACUUCAGCUGGCCGUUUGGAAACGCCAUGUGCAAGAUCAUCCUCUCCGUGACGGUGAUGAACAUGUACGCCAGCGUGUUUUUCCUCACUGCCAUGAGCAUCACCCGGUACUGGUCGGUGGCCUCGGCGCUGAAGGACCGCACCCGGCGGCGGGUGUGCCCGGUGCGCUGGGUGAUCGCCGGGCUCUGGGUCUCCGCCACGGUGGCCACUUUGCCCACCGCCAUUUUCUCCACGGUGAAGAGCGUGGCCGGGGAGAGGCUGUGCCUGCUGGGCUUCCCGGACGGCCAGUCGUGGCUGGCGCUGUACCACCUCCAGAAGAUCCUGGUGGCCUUCGUGUUCCCCAUGCUGAUCGUCACCGUGUGCUACCUGCUGCUGCUGCGCUUCGUCCGCCUGCGCAGCAUGAACAACAACCAGGUGAAGCGGAGGUCCAGGGUGACCCGCUCGGUCACCAUCGUCGUUCUCUCCUUCUUCAUCUGCUGGAUGCCCAACCACGCCAUCACCUUCUGGGGCGUCCUGGUGAAAUUCAACGUGGUCAACUGGGAUAAGACGUACUACAUGGUGCACACGUACGUCCACCCGGUGACCGUGUGCCUGGCGCACACCAACAGCUGCCUGAACCCGGUGCUGUACUGCCUCAUGCGCCGGGAGUUCAGGAAGAAGAUGAAGGAUCUGUUCUGGAGGAUUUCCUCGCCCACCGGGACGAACACCUGCCCCCUGCGACCGUUCUCCGGGGCGAGAGCGGAGCCGGACGACACGCAGAUCGUCAUCCCGCUGAACAACGUGGAGACGGAGAACUGCAGGCUGUCUGUCCUGACGGAGCAGUGCGACACGGACGCGCUGCAGCGGUAAACCAGACCUAAAACUGAACACCUUUUAAACCUGCUGACAUCAAGUGGUAUUUGAAAUGAGUAGCCUCAGAGGAGCACGGACCUUCCUCGACUUUUCUCACUAUAACGUUGUUCUUUAUACUACACGUGUUGCGGGAGUUUUGACCGUGUGUCUCCGUGUUGUGGGACGUUUUGGAGAGCGCCGCGCAGACUGUGCCAAAUCCGGACAAAUCACCGCAGCUUCGCGUGGCGUAUUAGAUGUUGUUUGACUUUGCAUCCAAUAGAUUCUGUAUAUUUGAUCAUAAUUUAAAAAGUGUGAAACACAAAAGGAGAGAAACAACCAUUGCGCACCAGGAGGCGCGGUGCGUAAAACCAUCCAUCUGCGCCGAGUCCGACUGGGCUCUCACGUCACAGUGAUGCUGAUGUUGCUUUUUUUUUUUUUUUGGUUUUGAAAAGCUGAGUUUGCUUUGUUUUUUUUCUUUCCUAUAAAUGAAGUGAAGGCUCGGUGUCGCAUCCAGUGCUGCUUCGCUCUCUAAAGUGCUCUCUGUGCAGACUUCCUGUUCCAGGCGGAGGAAUCAGCUGCUGCAGCUGCAGACAUCACUCUGUGGAGUAUUAGUGACGUUUGUUGUGGCUGAUGUGUAACAUGUACAAGCUUGAGUAAAUGAAUGUAAAAAAAAAAAAAAAAAACAGCUGCCAAUGUAACCUUAAAAACAAUGUCUGCAGAAUAAAAUAUUUCAUUUGUGUGGA